UGGAGACAGGUGCACGAAAUAUCAAGCGUAUAAACGAAUAAAAAAAUCAUUUUCGGUUGUUUGAGAAUGUUACUCGCAACGCGUUACGGGCCGUGCGGAUUACUGGUGCUUUUCAGGACCUGAUUGUGCGCGUGAUGCUGUCAGUGAACGUUGGCUUAUUAAGAACAGUCACGGAACAGAAAAGAAAGGCACUUGAGUGAGCAGACAUAAUGACAGAGGGUGUGGAGAUUCAUCAGGCCCGGGCAAACAGCGCUGAUGCUGCCACAACUGCUGUAAUGCAGAGCAGGACGUCCUCUCUGCAGGCCGUAGAAACAGAUCCUGGGUCUGAGGAGCCAGACCAACAUGAAGAAGAAUCCUCCAGUUUUCCAGAGGUGCAGCAUCAUUCCACUGGAGGAGCGGAGGACAGCGGCGGUGGCUCGGUGGCACCUGAUGGUGGCUGGGGCUGGGUGGUCGUUGCAGCUACUGUUCUGGUCUUAGCGAUGACUCUGGCUUUCCCUUCUUGCAUUGGGAUAUUUUACACAGACUUGCAGAAUGACUUCCAAGCCAGCAACACUGAAAUGUCAUGGGUGCCAGCCAUCAUGAUAGCAGUGCUCCAUGCAGGCGGCCCCAUAUGUAGUGUUCUCGUGGAGUGCCUCGGUUGCCGUGGAACAAUAAUUAUUGGCGGGAUCCUGAGCGGACUGGGAAUGGCAGCCAGCUCAUUUGCACAGACAUUAGUAGAGCUGUAUAUCACUGCUGGAAUUAUCACAGGAAUGGGAUUCUCUUUGUCUUUCCAGCCGUCGAUUACCAUGGUGGGUCACUACUUUGUGCGGCGCAGGGCAUUCGCCAACGCCUUGUCUUCCACUGGCACCGCACUCGGGCUGAGCACCCUGCCAUUGCUAGCCAACUAUCUGCUGAGCAGCUUUGGUUGGCGGGGCAGCUUUCUGGUGCUGGGAGGGGUUCUGCUCAACUGCUGCGUUUGUGGGGUCGUAAUGCGCCCCCUUGGGGCCAAACCAAAGAUGGAAGCCAGAACCGGACAGAUGAACAAUCGCCAACUCAAAACCAAUUGCCUUCCCAUUUCUCAGGAACGAGAGGGUCUGAAAGGCCGUCUACAGGCCACUCUCUCCACCAUCAUAUCUUUCCUGCGCAGGCACAUGGCUUUCGACCUGCUGUGCAGUAACCCGUACUUCUGUGCCUAUGCUCUUGGGGUGUCCUGGAUGAUGCUGGGCUUCGUGGUGCCCCUAGUUUACCUGGUUCCCUAUGCCACCGCUUUUGGUAUGGAUCAAGACCGAGCCGCUCUACUGAUGGCCAUCCUCGGGUUGAUCAACAUCACAGUUCGGCCCGCGACAGCGCUGGUUUUCGGGCUGCCUCGCUUCCGUGGAAGCCAUAACUUUGCCUACCUGUUUGCCACGGCGGUGCUGAUCAACGGAUUAAGCAACUGCAUCUGUGGGAUGGCGACCAGUUUCCCAGUACUGUUGGCAUAUGUUAUAGUGUUUGGGUUUUCCAUGAGUCUCAUCGGCUCCUUGUUGUUCACCGUACUGAUGGACACGGUCGAGAUGAGCCGCUUCCCAUCCGCCCUGGGCCUCAUCAGCAUUAUGGAGAGCAUCAUGCUGCUGCUUGGCCCGCCGUUAGCAGGUGAUGUAAUGCAUUUUUCUUACAGUUUGCUUAUGCUUUAGCACUACAUUAGUGGGUUAAAACGGCAUGCCUGCUUGUAUUUGUCAAGGCCAAAAAAUGCCACCUUCAUGUGACUUUGUUUUUUGUAAGUACAUACACUGUGUUCUUUUCCAUACAACAACGAAGUGGCUCUCACGCUCCAAAACAAACAAACAAACAAAA